ACAAUGAUUUGCAAGGAACAAAUAGUUCAGGAUCAUUGGGUGGUCUUGAUGUCCGUAGAAGAAUCCCUAUAAAGCUUAUUUCAAAGCAGACCAAUAAAGCCAAACCUGCGCCUCGAACUCCAAGAAAUAUGAACAGGAUGCCUGCGAAGACACAAGCUGGUGAUGAAGAAGAAUUUGAUUAUAACAAGGAGGAGCGAUACGAAUGUAAAGGAGGUGAAAUGUUUGGCAACCAAAGGAGAUUUCCUGGACCUAUUUUUUGGGAUUAUAAGAUAAACUUGCUGGGGGAGAAGGAUGAUACACCAGUUCAUUUCUGUGAUAAGUGUGGAUUGCCCAUCAAAAUGUAUGGACGCAUGAUACCUUGCAAGCAUGUUUUCUGCUAUGACUGUGCUAUACUACAUGAGAAAAAAGGAGACAAGAUGUGUCCAGGCUGUAACGAACCUGUGCAGCGAAUCGAGCAGUGCGUCCGAGGGUCUCUCUUCAUGUGCAGCAUUGUUCAAGGGUGCAAGAGAACUUACCUGUCACAGAGGGACUUACAAGCUCACAUCAACCACCGCCACAUGAGAGCUGGCAAGCCUGUUACCCGUCCUGCCAUCGAGCCCGUGCACCCUCCCAUCGCCCCGCCGCCGGCCGACCUACAUGAACCACCCUCCCCCGGGACCUCCCCCUCCGCAGCACGGGGGCCCGCCUGUCAAUGUCAGUGCUCCCCCUCCCCAUCACUAUAACCCCAACUCUUUGCCGCAGUUCAGCGAAGAUCAAGGAACUCUCAGUCCCCCUUUCACACAGCCUGGGGGAAUGAGUCCGGGGAUAUGGCCAGCUCCGAGGGGGCCGCCUCCGCCUCCGAGGAUGCAAGGGCCUCCCGCUCAGGCCCCCCUUCCUGGACCACAUCACCCUGAUCAAGCCAGAUACAGACCCUAUUACCAGUGAUACAAGCAACUGUAUGAAUAGAGAAUGCCAUGAAGAGGAUAAAACUAAAUACAGAAGCCUUUUAAUUAAUUGUUUUGGGGUUAUUUUGUUGUGGUUUUUUUAAGAAUACUGUCAUUUUGACUGUAAGACAUUUUGAGGUUUGAAUCUUAAAUGAUUUUUAAGCCUUGGCCGUAGGACUCUUAACUUCAAAUACUCUGUAGUGCUAAAAUAAGUGGCUUAGUAGACCACAGUUGCAUUUUAACAGAACUCCUGUUGCUAGUGUGGCUAAAUUGUCCUAAGAUGAUCACUUGUAAUAUUAUUUCCUGGAGAAGAUGAACACGUGUUGUACCAUUCUGAAUAUUGUUUUUGUUAAACCCAGUGUUUUUGUUAACCUGUGUACAAAAAUUAAAUUGAAAUAUGGUUGUAAAUGUGGUGAGUUUUUAUAUGAAAUUAACAUACACAUAGUUCUGGGACACCAUUUCAACACAUAUACCUUCCAAGAAGCAGUGUAGUGAAAUAUUAAAGGAACUUUAAUAUUUCUCCUGCUGCCAUUUACCUUUACUCAUGAGGAUUUCAGGCUGUAAUGAAUUCUUGGCACUAGAAAUCAGACAUGCAGAAUUCUGCAUUUACCACAUUUCAGCUUUUCCACUUUUUUCUUUAUGCAUCAAAAUGAAUCUAUCAAAGAUAGAGCUUUGGGCAUGACAUGAAACCAUGUUUUGUGGGUUUUUUUGUUUGAGUUUUUGGAGUUUGUUUUAAAGCUAGUUUUGAUUCAGAAGGUUCUGUUUACAUGUAAGCUGCUCAGGGGAGCUGAAUUCAAACUCCUGUGUUUACCUAUGGCUGUGUUUGUGUGGAAGUGGCUGUGAACUGGCUUGCCAUGUCCAUGAAAAGCAGCUUCUCUUAGGCAGGGAAGUCACACUUGCCUCUCUCACUUUAUAUAAUGUGUACAGUAGGAGAACUUCCCAUUUGGAUAAUAUGAGAAAAGUGGUCUGAAAUCCCAUGUGUAGAAAUAAAAAGGUACACAUUAUUUAUCUGCUUUCAUUUUGUGAUAUGGGUUUAGUUGAUCAGUCAGACAUUAGGUGUUUUGCUUUUCUCAAAAACUAGCAAUAUGAGCAGGCUUUUAGUUCUGUUUUUGUCCAAAAUUUUUGUUUUAUGGGAAUACAUUUAAAGAGAAGCAUAAUAUAAAAUGAGAAAGUUCCUUCUUAGUGCAGAAGCAGACACUAACAAGACAGUACUGUCUGUUGGUUGGAGUGUUUAUCUUUCCAUUUCUUAUAAGUAUUUGCACUGAACCAUUGUUUUUCCAAAUGCCACAUUUCUGGCAGUGGUGCUUUUAGAUUAAGUCCUUUGGGAUUUUUUUAAAGUUUGUAGUUUCCUACUGUUCUCAAAUAAUCUGAGCCAUCUUAAAGCCUCAGUGUUGCUUUUUAUUUUGUAAAAAUUCUUUUCCAGAAUCACAAGGGUUAAAUUUAUGGAAGAGCUGUGACAGUGCAACAUUCCAAAUUUUGUAUUUUUAUGUCUAAACUUCAUAUUUUUAAUUGAUAGAGCAAGGGCUCUUUAGAUUUAUUCUGUUCUUGACUGCCAUUGAUAUGCUUGUGACCACGGCCAAAUCUUUUAGUCUGCCUUUCAAGUAAAAACUUCUUUAGGGACAGGAGCAAAUAAAUUCUGGGGUAUGCAAAUGGCCAGUAAGUGUCAACUGCUUGAAAAUCUGCUUAGCUGUAACAUACUUCUUUCUAAGAGAGAGUUAUUUGGUUUGGUUGCUCUGAAAACUAAGUAAUUUUAAAUAAAAUACCGUGGUGAAGCAAAAGAGGCUGAUUGUGAUAGUGUGCUGUGAAAUGGGCUGGUUGAAAAUUUACUGUUUCUAUGCAUAUGAAGGCAAAAAUGACUCUGCCAGCAUUCUUUUCUUUCAGUAACUAAGAAACACAUGAGGAAUUUUGAGGACCCCUUCUGUCACUGUGAAGUUGCCUGGGAGGAAGCACUUUUGAGUUACAGCAUGUGACUUCAUCUGAGGAAAGCUGCGUGUCUGAUCCUCGUCCUCUGGCUCUGCCCAGCCGAGCUGAGGCCCAGCAGCACAGCUGUGUCCCAGGGGCUCAGGGCUCCCACAGCACAGGGAGGGCUGUGCUCCCCUUCAGCCCUGCUUGGGGUUGGGAAAAUCACAUCUGGAGUGACCACUGCCCACCGCCACAGGGGCUGAGGAGAGGAGGCCGCUCUUCCCACCUGGGCUUUGGAGUAAGUCAGGUUGCAAGUUCUGUUACGUGUUCACCCAUCUCUUAAACCACACGAAGAGUUAAAGAUAUUUCUGUGUCCAAAGCUAUUCCUGAAGUGACUGUUUUAAGUGUUUUCCUGAAAAUGCUGAGGCAAAUUGAUUAAGGGAAAACAGCAGUUUUUGCUCUAUCAAGAAGCACAGAAGAUGAAUGUAUCUCUAUCAUUGUCACUUAGACAGUGGGUGAGAAUUUUUUUCCUCUGUAUUUGAAACACAGGUGACAUAUGUCAUAGGGACAAUGAUGUAUUACCCAAAAAGUCAAUGGGAUCCCUUGAGCUGGUUAAUGGCCAUGGACCAAAAGUCUGUGUUUGAGAACUUAGCUGAAAGGUCAUCCAAUGUAGGCAGGUCUUGGACUUGAGUCAAAUUUCUAUCUCGUCUCGUAAGAGGAAGACUUAAAUAUAUUUUUUCAAUUAUUAAAUCUGGAUAUAAAUCUAUUACCUAGGUAACUAAGGGCACUGUUGAUGUUUCCAUGUUUACAAAGUUUAAAAAUGCUUCCUCUGCUUGAACCCCUAUGUUAACUGUCUUUUCAAUUCGUUUAUGGGUUUUGUGUAUAUAUGAUUUAAGGUGUUUUUUUUCCCUUGAUUUGUUGGUUGGGUUGGUUUUUUUUAUAAAUACCUGGUCAUUUUACUGAGAGGUUACAAAAUUCAUGUGUUGUAUUUAAUUGUGUAAUUGACAGAGUUAGAAAUGGUGAGAUGUUCUUUCUUUGGAUUCCUUCUUACUGUAAAGGCAAAUAUUUGACUUUAAUUAAUUAUGUUUAUUUUGAAUAAAUCUCCUUGUCUGUG